AUGGUCUUGGUCAGCUUGAGAACAUUCCUUUUGGGUUUGAUUGUCUUCUACUCAACUUACUUGUACAACUACAAAUGCCCAACCUUGACUUUUGGAGAGAACCUUGAAACCAAACUUUUCCACCCAUUGAGAAGCCAACAUUCAACCUUGUGUGAAUUGUUGCACGGCGGUGUCAACAAGGUUGAACCAUACACCACUCAGGCACACGCCUUUUUAGAUGAACACGUCCAUUCACACCCAUUGUUCAUCAAGUACAAGGUCCACGAUAAAGCCGUGGCUGCUAAAGAACAAUUUGACAAGUACGCUUACCCUGUCAUUGAACAAUUAUAUGAGUUCACAGAUGUGUUUGAAGUCAAAGCAUACGACCAAAUCAGCGACCUCUACAAGAAGGCCAAUGAAUUCGUCUAUGGUAAAUUGAAACAAGAUUAA